GUCGAGAUUAGGAGAAAUAUCUGAAGUGGUAAAGUGUUUUUAGUGUUUUUAUCAUCUUAAAGAGUUUCAAUUUGUGAAUUCAGAGGAAUUUGGAGCAAUAUUACGUCACGUUUCUGGAGCAUUCUUCCCAAUGACGUCAUUCAGCCAAGACACACUCAACUACGCUGAAUUUCGUCAAGUUUGGAGGGGCAAGCACUGUUUAAAAGCAUCAAACAUAGCGACACAGUGACAAAAGGUGGCAAUCAAUCAAACUAAUUUGUUCCUCUGCACAGUUUUUCGCAGAUUUUCCUCGAUUUUUCUCAGUUAAAGUGUUCAGUGAGUGCUGAGUGACCAAGAUAAGUGUAACAGGAGUAAAAUGGCACCAAUUAAUGGAACAUUCGAUUACGAUCUUGUUGUGAUUGGAGGAGGAUCCGGAGGUUUGGCAUGUGCCAAGGAAGCCGUGGGGCAUGGGGCUAAAGUGGCUGUCCUGGACUUUGUGAAACCCUCUCCGCAGGGCACAAAGUGGGGUCUGGGGGGUACAUGUGUCAAUGUGGGCUGCAUUCCCAAGAAGCUCAUGCAUCAGGCCUCUCUCCUGGGAGAGGGAGUUUAUGAGGCUCAGGCCUACGGAUGGACAGAUGUCAGCAAUGCAGGAAGCACCAUCAACUGGCCAGCCCUCACAGAAGCCGUGCAGAAUCACAUCAAGUCAGUGAAUUGGGUCACUAGAGUGGAUCUGAGGGACAAGAAGGUGGAAUAUGUGAACGGACAAGGGUACUUUAAGGAUCCUCACAAUGUUGUUGCGGUGAUGAAGAACGGAACGGAGAAAGUGCUCAAUGCUAAACAUAUCGUGAUUGCGGUUGGUGGUCGUCCACGCUAUCCAGACAUUCCAGGUGCUCUUGAGUACGGAAUCACCAGCGAUGACAUCUUCAGCUGGCCAACGCCUCCUGGAAAGACGCUCGUCGUCGGAGCGGGAUACAUUGGCCUGGAAUGCGCUGGAUUUCUGAAGGGUUUUGGAUACGAUGCCACAGUGAUGGUGCGUUCGAUUGUCCUUCGGGGCUUUGAUCAGCAAAUGGCGGACAUUGUGGCCAGUUCGAUGAUUGAGAAGGGAAUCAAUUUCCUGUUCAAAACAAUUCCGACUUCGGUUGAGAAGACGCCCGAGGGGCGACUUCUGGUGAAGUAUCGCAACAGUGAAGGGGUCGAAGGCAGCGAUGUCUUUGACACUGUUCUGUUUGCAAUUGGUCGGACGGCUCUGACGGAUGAUCUGAAGCUGGAGAAUGCGGGAGUGAAGGUGAAUGAGGAUAACAGCAAGAUCCCGGUGAAUGAGUCUGAAGAGACAAAUGUUCCGGGGAUCUAUGCGGUUGGGGAUGUGAUCAAUGGACGGCCAGAACUGACUCCAGUGGCUAUCCUUGCGGGUCGUUUGUUGGCCAGAAGAAUCUUUGGGGAUGGGAAGGAUUUGAUGGAUUACAGGGAUGUGGCCACGACGGUCUUCACGCCGCUCGAAUACGGUUGCGUGGGGAUGAGCGAGGAGGCGGCUGUGAAGGAAUUCGGCGAGGACAACGUUGAAGUAUUUCAUGCCUACUACAAGCCAACGGAAUUCUUCGUUCCGCAGAAAAGUGUCCGGUAUUGCUAUCUGAAGGCCGUGGCGAAGAGAGAAGGAGACCAGAAAGUCCUCGGACUGCACUACGUUGGGCCAGUUGCAGGAGAAGUUAUUCAGGGAUUCGCAGCUGCAGUCAAAUCCGGCCUAACGAUGAAUAUUUUAAUGAAUACGGUGGGCAUUCAUCCGACAACUGCAGAGGAAUUUACUAGGCUCAACAUCACGAAACGCUCAGGAGUUGAUCCAACUCCAGCUUCCUGCUGCAGUUAAAUCAUUUUUGUUUUCAUCUCGCGUUGAAGUAAUCUUAAAAGAAUUGUACUCACGAAGAACACAAAACACCUUCAACCGAUUCUCAGUGUCACACCAAUUGGAAAUUUAUUGUAUUGUUAGUAAAAAAGAAUUAUUUUUUGUAGAGAAAAAUACACAUUUUCACAGGAGGAACUCACAUCAA